AUGCUCUCCAGCUCUCCAGCUUUCCAGCUCUCCAACUCUCCAGCUCUCCAGCUCUCCAGCUUUCCAAAUGUUCAAUUGGUUGAUGGAGCUGGAGAUGGAGCUGGAGAUGGAGCUGGAGCUGGAGCUGCAGCUGGAGCUGGAAUUGGAGCUGGAAUUGGAGCUGGAAUUGGAGCUGGAAUUGGAGCUGGAAUUGGAGCUGGAAUUGGAGCUGGAAUUGGAGCUGGAAUUGGAGCUCGAAUUGGAGCUGGAGCUGGAGAUGGAGCUGGAGAUGGAGCUGGAGAUGGAGCUGGAGAUGGAGCUGGAGCUGCAGCUGGAGCUGGAAUUGGAGCUGGAAUUGGAGCUGGAAUUGGAGCUGGAAUUGGAGCUGGAACUGGAGCUCGAAUUGGAGCUGGAGCUGGAGAUGGAGCUGGAGAUGGAGCUGGAGUUGGAGCUGGAGCUGGAGCUGGAGAUGGAGCUGGAGCUGGAAUUGGAGCUGGAAUUGGAGCUGGAGCUGGAAUUGGAGCUGGAAUUGGAGCUGGAGCUGGAAUUGGAGCUGGAAUUGGAGCUGGAAUUGGAGCUGGAAUUGGAGCUGGAACUGGAGCUCGAAUUGGAGCUGGAAUUGGAGCUGGAAUUGGAGCUGGAAUUGGAGCUCGAAUUGGAGAUGGAGCUGGAGCUGGAAUUGGAGCUGGAAUUGGAGCUGGAAUUGGAGCUGGAGUUGGAGCUGGAGCUGGAGAUGGAAUUGGAGCUGGAACUGGAGCUCGAAUUGGAGCUGGAGCUGGAGAUGGAGCUGCAGCUGGAGCUGGAAUUGGAGCUGGAAUUGGAGCUGGAAUUGGAGCUGGAGUUGGAGCUGGAGCUGGAGCUGGAGCUGGAGAUGGAGCUGGAAUUGGAGCUGGAAUUGGAGCUGGAAUUGGAGCUGGAGUUGGAGCUGGAGCUGGAGCUGGAGCUGGAGAUGGAGCUGGAAUUGGAGCUGGAAUUGGAGCUGGAAUUGGAGCUGGAAUUGGAGCUGGAGUUGGAGCUGGAGCUGGAGAUGGAAUUGGAGCUGGAACUGGAGCUCGAAUUGGAGCUGGAGCUGGAGAUGGAGCUGCAGCUGGAGCUGCAGCUGGAGCUGGAAUUGGAGCUGGAAUUGGAGCUGGAAUUGGAGCUGGAAUUGGAGCUCGAAUUGGAGAUGGAGCUGGAGCUGGAGCUGCAGCUGGAGCUGGAAUUGGAGCUGGAAUUGGAGCUGGAAUUGGAGCUGGAAUUGGAGCUGGAAUUGGAGCUGGAAUUGGAGCUGGAAUUGGAGCUGGAAUUGGAGCUCGAAUUGGAGAUGGAGCUGGAGCUGGAAUUGGAGCUGGAAUUGGAGCUGGAGCUGGAAUUGGAGCUGGAAUUGGAGCUGGAAUUGGAGCUGGAAUUGGAGCUGGAAUUGGAGCUCGAAUUGGAGAUGGAGCUGGAGCUGGAAUUGGAGCUCGAAUUGGAGAUGGAGCUGGAGCUGGAAUUGGAGCUGGAAUUGGAGCUCGAAUUGGAGAUGGAGCUGGAGCUGGAAUUGGAGCUGGAAUUGGAGCUGGAAUUGGAGCUGGAGCUGGAAUUGGAGCUGGAAUUGGAGCUGGAAUUGGAGCUGGAAUUGGAGCUGGAGCUGGAAUUGGAGCUGGAAUUGGAGCUGGAAUUGGAGCUGGAGUUGGAGCUGGAGCUGGAGCUGGAGCUGGAGAUGGAGCUGGAAUUGGAGCUGGAAUUGGAGCUGGAAUUGGAGCUGGAAUUGGAGCUGGAGUUGGAGCUGGAGCUGGAGAUGGAAUUGGAGCUGGAACUGGAGCUCGAAUUGGAGCUGGAGCUGGAGAUGGAGCUGCAGCUGGAGCUGCAGCUGGAGCUGGAAUUGGAGCUGGAAUUGGAGCUGGAAUUGGAGCUGGAAUUGGAGCUCGAAUUGGAGAUGGAGCUGGAGCUGGAAUUGGAGCUGGAAUUGGAGCUGGAAUUGGAGCUGGAAUUGGAGCUGGAGCUGGAAUUGGAGAUGGAGCUGCAGCUGGAGCUGGAGCUGGAGCUGCAGCUGGAGCUGGAAUUGGAGCUGGAAUUGGAGCUGGAAUUGGAGCUGGAAUUGGAGCUCGAAUUGGAGAUGGAGCUGGAGCUGGAAUUGGAGCUGGAAUUGGAGCUGGAGCUGGAAUUGGAGCUGGAAUUGGAGCUGGAAUUGGAGCUGGAAUUGGAGCUGGAAUUGGAGCUGGAAUUGGAGCUCGAAUUGGAGAUGGAGCUGGAGCUGGAAUUGGAGCUGGAAUUGGAGCUGGAAUUGGAGCUGGAAUUGGAGCUCGAAUUGGAGAUGGAGCUGGAGCUGGAAUUGGAGCUGGAAUUGGAGCUGGAGCUGGAAUUGGAGCUGGAAUUGGAGCUGGAAUUGGAGCUGGAAUUGGAGCUGGAACUGGAGCUCGAAUUGGAGCUGGAAUUAGAGCUGGAGCUGGAGCUGGAGCUGGCCUAGUCUGGCUUGUAGAUCAUGGAACAUCAACGGAAACG